AUGAAUGAAUAUCAUUCUAUUCAUAAAAUUUUUCUUGAUAUUUAUGAAUUUAUAGUUGAUUAUACUAAAUUAAUCACAAUAAUCGAUGAAAAUUCCAAUGGAUCAAAUACAAAUAUAUUAACUAUUAAAUUAAAUAAACAAGAUUUUCUUUUACCAGCAAGUUUAAAUGAAUUUUCACAAACAGCACAUGAAUUACAAUAUUGUUUAAAAAUUCAUAUAAGAAGUAUUGCACAACAACGACGAAAUAAUAUUUCAAGAGGAAUUGAUAAGGACGAUGAAAAUGUAUUAAUUAAUUAUGAAAAAGAAUCAUAUCGAUUUAAUAAUGAUGUUAAAAGUCAUUUAGAACAAUUACAAAUGAAUAUUUUAGAUAAAAAUAUCAAUAAAAUGAUUCAAUAUAUACGAACAAUUAUUGAUGAUUUUGAAUUAUAUAAUGAUAUUCAAUUAAAUCAACAUUCUCUUAAUAUUACAUUUCGUUUAUUACCUAUUUUAAAACAUAUUCAAAAGCAGUUAUGUUGUAUGUCGACAAAUAUUCAAAAAAUACUCGAUGAUAAUACACAUAUUAUCGAAAAACAUUUAAGAAAAUUACAACAAAAAAUUAAUUCUUAUGAUAUAAAUAUGAAAAAUAAAUUAGCAAAAUAUAUUUCACGUGAUAUUCGACCACCGGUACUUGUUAUACCUUGUCCAACAAACACAUAUUCGCCUGGAAGAUUUAAUACAAUGAAAUCAUCUAAUAUUAUUGUUAAUAAUAAGGAUUCUGAUCAGACUCUAAUCCAAACAACAACAACAAGUACUGAUAGUGAAGAUUCAUUAUCCACCACAGAAAAUGAUUAA